AUGACUGUAGGAGCAGGAAUAUCUGUUGCUGAUGGCAACUUGACAGUGUUGGGGAAGAAAGUUCUGAGUCAUGUUCAUGAUAAUGUUCUUGUUACUCCUGCAUCUGGUAGUUCUUUGCUCAAUGGUGCAUUCAUUGGUGUUUCAUCUGAUCAAAAGGGUAGCCGCAAAGUUUUUCCUAUUGGCAAGCUUGAGGGUUUAAGAUUUAUGAGUCUUUUUUGCUUCAAAAUGUGGUGGAUGACACAGAGAAUGGGUACUUAUGGAGAAGAAAUCCCUGUUGAGACACAGUUUUUGCUUAUUGAAGUACACAAAGGUUGUGAUAUUGAUGGAGGGAUCAUGGAUGGCGAAGAAGAUCAUGAUGGUUCUACUUACGCGGUUUUGUUGCCUCUUUUGGAAGGAGAUUUUAGGGCAGUUCUUCAAUGGAAUGAUCGAAAUGAAAUUGAGAUUUGUGUCGAAAGUGGAUGCCCUGAUAUGGAGGAAUUUGAUGGGACUCAUUUGGUGUUUAUCGGGGCUGGAUCGGACCCUUAUGAAGUUAUAACAAAUGCUGUCAAGACUGUUGAGAAACACUUGAAGACAUUUUUUCAUCGCGAGAGAAAAAAGAUGCCAGAUAUUUUAAAUUGGUUUGGUUGGUGUACAUGGGAUGCUUUCUAUACUAAUGUAACUUCGGAGAAUGUGAAAGAAGGAUUACACAGUUUUGAGGAUGGUGGAGUUCCUGCUAAGUUUGUGAUAAUUGAUGAUGGAUGGUGUUGUACCCCCAAAAUUUGCCCUCCCAUAUUCCUCAAGAUUUGUCAAGAAUGA